AUGUCAGUUUCGUACUGUUCGCCACCUAGUAGUAGACACAGAGUAUUAUGGAGCAUUAGGGUAGCUACUGCCAUACACAUUUCCAUCGCGAAGGAGCUUGCUAUUGACCCCUCGCUUGGCCUGCUCGACAGAGGCCUCCUCCACCCCCGCGACCCCGAACGCGACAUCACCACGACCCAGUACCUGAAUCGACUCCCCACCCUCUCCCUUCAAGCAUUGCAGUCCACGGAGUCCCAGUCCCUGGCUCAGUCGUCCCAUUCAACUCUCCUUUCUCUCCAGGCCUUAUCCAAUCGCUCGCACAAAGCUUUCGUGGCGUCCGCUGACAGCCUGUCCAACCUUCGCACCUCCAUCCCCCAAUUGACCCGUGAUGCACACCAACUCCGCGAUGCGAUCCCGAGACUCGAUGAGGAGACCGUUCGCUUCUCGUCCAAAUACAGCAGAGCAGCAGAGAAUGUUGCCCUGGAGCGCCGGAAAAAGGUGAUGCAGCUGGCCCGCAAUGUCGACCGGCUGUCCGAUAUCUUGGAGCUUCCGACGCUUCUCUCGACGGCUGUCUCGUCCGCCGCGGCCAGCUCGGGGGCCACAGGCAGCUCGACCACGUACUCCACGGCACUGGACUUAUACGCACACAUCAAACGCUUACAAACCCUCUACCCCGAAUCUCCGCUCAUUAAGGAUGUGGUCUCCCAGGCGGAGGACGCGAUGAAGGACAUGACAUCCAACCUGAUCGCGGGCCUCCGGGCACAGAACCUUCGACUGGCCGCUGCAAUGAGGACCGUUGGCUGGCUGCGGAGGGUGGCGCCGGAGCUAGAUAACCUUCAGAAAGAUGGAUCGACGGGCUCUGGGGAGGGGGCCUUUGGCGCCAUCUUCCUCAUCUGCCGGCUGGCAAACUUGAUAACUAUGCUGGAAGCCCUGGAUCCUCUCCGAGAGCUGGCCGAUCAGGAGACGCAGCGCAGAACUCAGCAUGCGGACCCAAAGAACGGCGCGACGGGAGCCUGGUCCGAAGGGCACCAGACGGAGAAAUACUUGAAGCGGUAUAUCGAGAUCUUCCGCGAACAGAGUUUUGCGAUCGUCUCCCUGUACAAAAAUAUCUUCACCGCGGACCAGUCCGAAUCCGAGCUCGCGGUGGCAGGGUUACGGGGUAUCGACGCGCGAGUCAAAGCGGCCGUCUCGCGGCCAGCUCGCAAAGAAGAUCCGCUACAAUGCCUUCCCCCUGCCCUGGCAACCUUUCCCAUGCACCUGAUCCAGCUACUGACCGAGACUUUGCGCAUGUAUCUCCCCAACGUGCGGGACAAGAGUUCCCGGGAAAGUCUCCUGACGCAAGUGCUGUACUGUGCCGCCAGUCUCGGCCGGUUGGGAGGGGAUUUUGGCAUGAUCCUGACCGAGCUGGGCGACGCGGACAACGACGACGAGGACGAGUUGGCCUACGAGUGGGAGGAGGUGACACGGAAGCACCGAGCCUUGGCAGGGCGAUUGGAGCAGCUGACGGGCGGUGGUGCAACGGCGGGGGCCUCGUCCAAGGCAACCUUGCGAAUUGCCUCACCCGUUUAGGAGAUGGGGAAUACCCAGGGGAUUGUAAGACCAUUACGACAC